GGCACACACCGCAGUCCAGCCCGAUUAAAGCCCUUCAGCGCGCGAUGAACUCUUGGAAUCCGCAAAGCGGCUUGGCGCCCACGCCGCAGUCCUUGAUCGCAGCGCAGCCCGCGGAGUACUCCCAGGUGGUAAGACGAGAGGACCUGGGCGUGCUGCCCUCCAAGGUCUCCGUGCACCACGGCGUCGCCGCGACCAGCUUCCAGGCGCCGGCGCCGAGCCACGCGGUCACCGCCCAGGCGUCCGAGCCGAAGAUGGGCGCGCCGGAUGCCCACCGGCUCUACGGCUACGGCCAGCGGCAGGUGGCCUUUUCAGAGGUGCCCACGCGGACCGAGCACCCAAAUCGAGGUGUCCACCUGGCCCACGAAUACCUGGGCCUGCCUCAGCAGCCGGGCCAUCAGAUUGUCCACAGCGACGAGGGGAUUCAGAACAGCCACUGGCAGAACACGGGGCCCUUCCUUCGGAUCCAUGACGGCAACUACUGGAGCUACCAGGACCGCGGCGAAGCCCUGCAGGGCGCGGAUUGGCGCCAGGCCGUGGACGUGCUGGGCAUGGCGGACGCGCGAGGGAUACCCGUCGCCCGGCGCCGUCAGCCGGACUUCCAUCGCUUGUAUCAACUUCGCAACUCCUGAGCCAGCGGUUUGCCUUUCAGAAUGGUUGUGGAAGCUGGUUGACCUCCACCCUCCAGCGCCCUGUUGGCC